AUGGGCAAAUCCUCCAAAGACAAAAGAGAUGCCUACUACCGCCUGGCCAAGGAACAAAAUUGGCGUGCCCGGUCUGCCUUCAAACUCAUCCAAAUCGACGAACAGUUCGAUCUUUUUUCCUACAGUGAGCCCGAGAAAUGCACGAGGGUGGUGGAUCUCUGUGCUGCCCCGGGCUCGUGGAGCCAAGUUCUCUCGAGAGUGUUAAUCAAAGGUGAGAGUUUUGGACGGAGGGCCUGGGUUGAGAAGAUGGAACGAUUUGAGCGACGCGCACAGACACAGAAGGAUGGUAGUCUCGCUGAGGAUAUGUCGUCUCUCGAAAUCAGCUCAACAAGUGGUGGAGAACUGAAGCCAAGGGCCAACGUCAAGAUUGUCGCCAUAGACCUGCAACCCAUGGCGCCCCUCGAAGGCAUAACCCAACUCAAAGCCGACAUCACUCACCCUUCCACCGUUCCACUCCUGCUCAGGGCCAUCGACCCGGACUUUUCCCCUCAGAACACAACCCACCUAAUCGACCUCGUCAUCAGCGACGGUGCUCCCGACGUCACGGGUCUCCAUUCCCUUGACAUCUACGUCCAAUCUCAACUGCUCUACUCCGCCCUCACGCUUGCCACAAAGGUCCUGCGUCCAGGGGGCAAAUUUGUGGCCAAGAUCUUUUGGGGUAGAGACGUCGACCUCAUCUACGCCCAGUUGAGAAUCCUUUUUGAAAAGGUGAGUGUGGCGAAACCGAGGGCCAGUAGGGCGAGUAGCAUUGAGGCAUUUGUGGUCUGUGAGGGCUACAAACCUGUAACGGUGAGACGAGAGGACGGGACGGAGGUGUUAUGGACACCAGAAAUAGAGGUGGAGGAUGGGCUGCGAAUUCCGGAGACUGAAUAUGUAUCGGUACCUCCACCAGCCGCGUGCGAACAACACCAAGAGCAGGGUCCGCUGGAUUCUAUUCCCAAAAGUAUAAGUCAGACCGACAACACAUCGGGGUUGGAAUCACAGUCAUCGACGGGAGGCGUGAAGGUCCAACCACAAAUACACAUGCAAACCCGCCACCUCCGUCCCGAUGGCAUAGUGGAACUCCGGAUACCGUCGAUCGAAGACGCCGACCCUCGUCGGUAUAUUGCUCCCUUCCUGGCCUGCGGCGACCUGUCAGCAUGGGACAGCGACGCGACCUACAAGCUUCCGGAGGGUCAUGUAUCGCUGGAUCCGGUGCAGCCUCCAACAGCACCCCCCUACAAGUUGGCGAUCGAAAAGCGGCGGAUCGAGGGAGGGAUGUUUGGGAAGACGAAACACAAAUGA